AUGCAGAUUUAUAAUGGUAUAGACAGGGAUUAUCGGGACACGUUCCGACAUCAUUUUUAUUACAGCCCCGCUUGUCCAUACAACACGGUCCACGUUAGUAAAGCGACUGAUUUAUGCUCGUCCGAUGGUUCAACGGUAGGCGCCUACUGUGCUAUUGUUUCUACAGGAUUUAUCGCUUAUGCGAGCACAGGAGUCGGCAGCACAACAAUUCACUUCGACAACAACAGCAUGUCUAUUGACGUCACUUGGUACCGGCACUCGCACCCGCCAUUGUUGGCGGAGUCUGCUCACCGUUAUUACAAAUGA